ACUAGUAAAACGCACUAAACAAUCGAAUUCCAGCAUUUGCUAGAAUUACACGAAAUCGUACCAUAAAGAUGUUCUGUAAUUAAAAAAUACAAAGGCACAAUAAGUGUAAGGAAAAUUGAGGGAGGCACCUUGCUCUGCGGUGCUUUGGUAUGUACACAUCCGCGUCGUUAUACGGGGACUUUUCUUUCAGCGAGAGAAAAAAAUUGGGCGCCGAACAGACGGCAUUAUAAGAAAACCCGCCAUCCUGUACGAGCCGGCGAUCUAGACUCGGUGUUACGCGAUAAAUAAUUCCAAAAAGCAAAGGUAAGAAGUAAGCGGACGCCGUCUCACCAGGGCAGAUGUCCCUUGUGGACUUGGGUAAGAAACUAUUAGAUGCAGCAAGAGCAGGUCAAGAUGAUGAAGUCCGUAUUCUCAUGGCCAAUGGAGCUCCUUUUACCACAGACUGGCUGGGAACAUCCCCCCUACAUCUCUCAGCCCAGUAUGGACAUUACUCAACAACAGAAGUACUGUUAAGGGCAGGAGUGAGCCGUGAUGCACGGACAAAAGUGGAUAGAACACCCUUGCACAUGGCAGCAGCAGAAGGUCAUGCCCGCAUUGUGGAAGUACUUUUAAAGCAUGGAGCUGACGUCAAUGCAAAGGACAUGUUGAAAAUGACAGCUCUUCACUGGGCAACUGAACAUGGACACCGGGAGGUGGUUGAGCUUUUAAUAAAAUACGGAGCUGAUGUCCAUGUCCAGAGCAAAUUUUGCAAGAAUGCUUUGGAUAUUGCUAUUGACAAUGCAAAUGAAGAACUGGCAGAAAUACUUCAGGUGUCCAUGCAAAACCAGAUUAACACGAACCCAGAAAGUCCAGAUACAGUAACAAUACAUACUGCAACGCCUCAGUUUAUAAUUGGUCCUGGAGGAGUAGUAAAUCUAACUGGCUUAGUGUCAGCAGCCAAUUCAUCCAAAUCUCUAGAUGAGGCAGGUGUUUCAACAGUUCAGUUUGGCAAUUCAUCAACGUCAGUAUUAGCUACUCUGGCUGCUUUGGCUGAAGCAUCAGCACCCUUAUCAAAUUCAUCUGACACUCCAGUGGUUGCAACAGAAGAAGUUGUUACAGCAGAUUCCGUAGAUGGUGCCAUUCAACAGGUUGUUAGUUCUGGAGGUCAGCAAGUUAUCACCAUUGUCACUGAUGGGAUUCAGCUGGGCAACCUGCAAACUGCAGCUGGGAUUGGACAGCCAAUUAUUGUGACAAUGCCAGAUGGUCAACAAGUUUUGACAGUGCCAGCGACAGACAUUGCAGAGGAGACAGUUAUCAGUGAUGAACCAUUAGCUAAAAGACAACGUAUAGAAAUAAUUGAAAAUCAUGUGGAAGCAACAGAUUUUGAGGAGAAAGAAGCGUUACAGAAACAACUGGAAGAGGCGAACCGAGAGGCACAGAAGUACAGGCAGCAGCUGCUAAAGAAGGAGCAAGAGGCUGAAGCAUACAGGCAAAAACUGGAGGCUAUCACUCGCCAUCACAGCAGUAAAAAAGCUGUAUGAUCUGAUCGAAUGUACAAAAUUGGACCAACAAGCCUGAUAUUUUUGGAAGCUGUGAAGUUCAUAAGUAUACAAAGAGAAAAGAACACUUGAAGAAAGCAGACAUUCAUUGUAUCUAUGAAGGGUAUGAGGAUUUUACUUGCUCAUGAAGUAUUAUUUCCUCCAAUAUGAAUGAGAAGUCACAGUGCAUGCUGGGCACAGCCAACAGGAUGUGGUGCUACGGUGGAGUGAUUUAAAUCCUUUCAGUGAAAUUAGAGGCCGUGAUGUCACAAGAGAGACGUAUUAUGGUGUAAAAAGGCAAUAUGCACUGUGCAUAUUAAUUUGAUUACAAUGUUAUUCAUUUUUCAUUAUUGUGAAUUUUGUUAGAGAAAGUUGGGAUUGCCAACUGUUACAGUUUUUGUUCUCUUUUCUUCUUCACACUACAUUGAAAUCCAGAUUCAGCAUCUGACUUGUUUCCUGAAUAUUUUGAAGGGCAAAAAAAGCUAAAUAUUCAGACAGUAAAUUUUGUACUGUCCUCUGUGAUACAUACUGUAAAACCUUUCAUAAAUGGAAGUACUUAUAUAAAGAAGAGAAACACAAGCAGAAUUUCACUUUCAGCUAGAGCAGUCAUUUUCGUCUUUAUACCUUUAUAAAACCCUCUUACCCAUGAUUUACAGUAGUUUUAAAUUAGAAAGGGGAGCUUCUGCUUUUUAUAUAUGUGUAUAUUGUGUCCAUUUUCUUGACUUCCAAAGCCUUAGAAUGAAGGAUUCACAUUCUUAGGACUGCUUGUGUAUUUUGCAUUCUCUUACCUUGGAUAUGAGAGCUGGAAAACAAUUUAUUUUAUUUAAUCAUUUUAAAAGAGCCACUUUAAAAUGUUAAACAUAUGUUGUAAAUACAUAAUUUUAUUAGACUGAACCUAGGGUCGGUAAACAUUAAUUUGUUUUAAGUUCUAAGUGGGUGAAAAAAACACUUUAAUACUCCAUUUAGUUAUUUCACACCCCACAUCAUGGACAUUUGUAUACUGAAGACUUUUAGUUUCAUUUUGUAGCAUUUUUAUAACAUGGAUUGUUUGUUACUCUACUAAAGAUAAAACCAUUUGGCUUGUUGGAUUUCGAAGAAACUAAAUGUUACAGCAUUUAACAAAAAGGAGGGAUUUUGCCAAGUAAAAAGGCCUGCAAGUCCAAUGCAUUUACAGUUAAAGUAUACCUGACUUUCAUUAUAAAUUUUAGUUAAGAAAUCCGAUUUAGAGGGAGCCUUUGUAGAAAGGAACAUUGUUUGUACAUUUUAUUUUUGAUCCUAAUUUGCACAUUACAGUUCUGCCAUGCUGGUUCAUCAUAAAGAAGCACUUUCAGAGGGGGGGAAACAUGUGAGUAUUGGUUUCUUUCACUUUGAUCUCCUUCACUAAAUCUUACAGGGUCAGCAUUACUUCAUUUGUAAAUCCACUGGAAUUACUGGCUGUUCACUACUCCAUGUUACAAGAAAAUAUGAGAUAGGGAUAUGUAGCCAAGAAAUGACUUUUAACAGCUUUUGAGAUGUUACUCUUUUUCUUUAUAUUGACCAAUAAAUUUUUAUUGUAUUGUUUAAAGGAA